AUGAAUCUUAUUGACAGUAUGGAGACAGAAACCUUCAAAGCGUUCACGCCCCAUGACUCCCCUGAGGACUUGAAAUCUCCAUUGUUCGGUGUGUUAAUGUCGCUCCGGGGCAAGAAGAGCGGCUCGUUGACGGGCGCUACCAAAGUUGUCACAACCAUUUCCCCAAAGAGGCACAUCGUCAUGGCUGCUGGCCUCGAUGACACCUUGUACCCAGCGUUGGAAGAACAACCGAACAAGCCAACGGCGAGCAACAGCAUCGUCCAGAGGCUCAAGGCACUCCUGGCGUGUACUGCAUACAUCAAUGUCAGACAGAGGACCGAAUAUCUGAAGAGCUAUUAUCCGGCCGAUGAUGACGAUCUCUGA